UUGCUGAAACACUACUUUAAAACUUAAAAUCUUCAUAAUAAUAAAAUUAAGGAUUAUAAAAUGUAUUAAAAAUAUAAAUAUAUAUAUAUAUAUAUAUAUAUAUAUAUAUAUAUAUAUUAUUAGAUUAGAGAUGAAUAAAAUAUAAAAAGAAGAGUUUAUGAUGCGCUUAAUGUAUUAAUUGCUUCUGAUGUUAUUGUUAAGAAAGGUAAAAAAGUUUUUUCUUUAGAAAAUAAUAAUUUGAAUGUAAGUUUUAAAUUAAAAAUAAGAAAAAAUAAAUAAUUAAGCAUAAAAAUUACUUUUUUUAAAAAAAUUAAUAAAUAGAAAUAAAAAUUAAGAAAACUAAAAAAUUUAAGAAAAUGAUAAAUUAUUAAAACAUCCAUCUAUUUAUUAAGUAACUUAAAACAAAUAGAAUUAUUUUCAUCUUAAUUAAGAAAAAUAAAUUGAAUAGUAAGAAUAA